UACAAGAAAUCAUAAAUUAGGCAACAAAAAAUGUGAAACAGAAAAUAACCAAACCGCAAGAUUCUCAGCACAACCCGAGGACAUCUCCAACGAAAUCGACAAUCGUGUUAGCAAUAAUGGCAGGGACAAUUCCAAUCACCAACGACGAAGCCGUGAAACUCUGUCAAGAACCGGAAAAUGCGACACAGGACUUCAUGUUUCAACAAACAAUGUAUCGCAUUAAAGAUCCACGAAAAAGUCUUCCCUUCUACACCGGCGUCUUGGGUAUGCGGCUCUUGCUGAAACGUGAUUUUCCCGAUAUGAAAUUUACGUUAUACUUUAUGGGGUACGAGGAUGCGAGCGAUUUCAAAGGCGAAUUAAGCUCAAUAGAACGAACCGAGUGGGCUAUGAGUCAAAAGGCGACAUUGGAAUUGACACACAAUUGGGGCACCGAGGACGAUCCCAAUUUCAAAGGGUAUCACAACGGCAAUUCCGAACCGAGAGGAUUCGGACACAUCGGGCUGAUGGUUCCUAACGUUGAUGAGGCGUGCGAGCGAUUUGAGCGUUUGGGCGUGAACUUUAUCAAGCGUCCGCAGGACGGUAAAAUGAAAACAAUCGCGUUUAUUGCCGAUCCGGACGGAUAUUGGAUCGAAAUUUUGAAUAACAAACAUGUUGCUUAGAGUGCUUAGACAAUAAACAGUUGCUUGUUGAAAA